AUGUUAUAAAAUAUAUCCAUUAACAAAUAAUAUCUUAAUAAUAAAGAAGGAUAUAUUGAAGUUCUCUUAGAUUGGCCAGCAAUGUUAUAAAAUGAAUAAUUAUAACCAGAUCUUCCAUCAAGAAGAUUAAAUCUUAUACAAGUUAAUCCUGUAUUAGAAAUAAAGAUACCUCUAUAUAUUAGAUGGGGAUAAUAAAAGUAUAUUAAAUGCAAUUCUAUACUAUGGUAGAUUAAACCAAUAUAAACAAUUGGAUGUGAAAUCAAAGAAGUAGUUAAAUAUAAGGAUUCUUAAAAUGAAGAGUAUUUAGCAUUAAAAAUAGUAUUAAUAAAUUAUUCAGACAAAGAACAUGAAAUUAUAUUCUGUCCACCUGCUUAAAUAUUUGGAAAGAAACUUAAUAAAAAAAAGUAUUAACUUUUAGUUGUUUUAGGUAUCACAUUGUCUACAGAGAAAAAUUUAGGAGUUUUAUAACCAAAUUAAUUAUGUGAAACUAUUUUAAGGGUUCAAUUAAUUAAUAAUGGAAUUUUAAAUAUGCAACAUAUCAAUCUAAAAAUAGAUAAUUAAUUUACUGAGUUGAGUUUGAAUUUUUUAUAUUCUCAUUAAAGAAUUGGGAAAAAUUAGUAUUUAAUGAUUUUUGUUAGAUUUUGA